UCGAGUUAAAACUCAACACAAGAAAAGGCGAAGAAGCAAUAGUUAGUUGUUGUGCUUUCUUCCAUUGGCCACAUGGCGACGCCUUCGCCGACACCUUCCCCUCCUCCUCCUCCUCCUUCUGAUUCAAACCCUAAUCCGCCGCAUCAAAAUCCACCACCCUCGAGCUUCACGGCUAUUCAAACCCCUCCCUCGCCGCAAACCACCGUGGUUGCCUUAGGCGCAUCCACCUCCGCCUUCGCCAGAAAAACCCAACCGGUGCUAUGGACCGAAGACGAGACACUCCUCCUAAUCGACUCGUACAAGGAGAAGUGGUACGACGUUGGUCGAGGUCCUCUGAAAUCAAACCAGUGGGAAGAGAUCUCCGUCUCCGUCUCAGCUCGCUCCGGCGUCGAGCGCUCGGCGACACAGUGUCGGCACAAGAUGGAGAAGUUGCGGAAAAGAUUCAGAGCGGAGAGGCAGAGCAUGGGACCUAUCUCCAUAUGGCCUUUCUAUUCUCAGAUGGAGGAGUUAGAUAGCAAUCCUGCCCCUAUCUCAGCUCGUCCCCUCACACGACUGCCUCCUCCAAGUAAUCACUACGCAGAAGAUGAAGAUGACGACGACGACGAAGAUGAGAGUCUGAACAAAUCGAGGAGUAUCAAUCACAUAGUGAGAAGACCUGGAACUGUUAACAGAUUCGCCGGAGUUGGUGGAGGAUUGUUGCAGUGGGGACAGAAGGAGAGAUCGAAGAGGAAGAAGAAAGAUGAAGGAGGAGGUGGUGAGAGGAGGAUGAAGGGAGCGAGAGCAGUAGCUUAUGAGAUUAGGGCAUUCGCUGAGAAAACAAUGGUGAUGGAGAACAAGAAGAUGGAGUUUGCUAAAGAGACAGUGAAGCUGCGUAAGGAGAUGGAGAUGAAACGGCUUAAAUUGAUUCAGAGUUCUCAAGCUCAGCUUCUUCAGUUUCUCAACACUUCCUUUGCUUCUUUCUAACCUUUUUCAUCAGAGGUUAACCAAAUAACGUGAAAAAUAUGAUGUCACUGUAGUUAACUAUGUAAUCUAAUGUUUGUUUAUGAAUGCCAUUUGCGAACCCAACAAAGCUUGUGAACAAAAUGUUGGUUAUUUAACAAAAAAACAAAAGAUGCAAUUGUUCUUAUCCAAUCUUACAAAUGUAAUCCAAUGUCAUGAACAUUUGUGAAGCGGAAUGGGAAGCAUUUAGUCAUUUUGUGAUUCUCAUUUAUAACCACAAGGAGAAAAACAAUAAUACAUUCAAAUUAAACUAUCCUAAACCCACAAGAGUAGAAAUUAGAAGGGGACAAACAAAAAGAAAAAGCGGGUGGAAGAGCAGACUUCUAUACAAAACAUUAUAAACUGUUUCCACUCUCCCAAACCUAAAGAUGGGAAGAACCAAGUGACCUCUCUAUGAUGCAGUGGUAAUUUACAUGCAAAUACACCUUUCUCUCUUGUGAAAAAAAAAA